GAAGCGUCAGAAGGAGAGCAGAAGACCAUGGAGCAAGGACUCUCCAUCCCUCUUUCUCCCCAUUCCCAAAGAAAAGCCGGAGGAUGGAAAUCCAUGCCUUACAUCAUCGGGAAUGAGACGUUCGAGAAAUUGGCUUCGAUGAGUAUAAUAGCUAAUAUAACGGUGUACCUGAGGACCAAAUACCACUUGGAUGGGAUUUUAUUGGUGAAUGUGGUCACCAUUUGGUUUGGGUCCUCUAACUUCUCACCUUUGCUCGGCGCUUUCAUUUCCGAUGCUUAUUUGGGGAGGUUUGGUACUCUUCUCUUGGGAUCCUUCGCUUCUCUGCUGGGUAUGGGAGUGAUGACCUUAACUGCAGCUGUACCUCAACUAAGACCACCCACCUGCUAUAAAGGAACUGAUUGCGUACAACCUCAAAAAUGGCAGCUCGGUGUCCUCUUCACAGCUCUUGGGUUACUCGCCAUAGGUGCUGGUGGUAUUAGACCCUGCAACAUUGCUUUUGGUGUUGAUCAAUUCGAUCUCAGAACAGAGAAAGGAAAAAGAGAUGUAGAAAGUUUCUUUGAUUGGUAUUACUUGUCCUUCACCAUUGCUCUCUUCAUUGCUUUCACCAUAGUUGUUUAUGUCCAAACCAAUAUCAGUUGGGUUGUGGGUCUAGCCAUUCCAACUGUUUGCCUUGCAGUCUCUAUCUUUGUCUUCUUACUUGGUACCUCAAUUUACUAUUACAUGAAACCACAAGGAAGUGUCUUCACUGAUCUCAUUAAGGUUGCUGUGGCUUCAAUUCGGAAACGAAAUCUUACAUCGAAGCAAGUCGAAGAACAUGAACUUUAUGAUCCUCAGGUUAUGGAAGCUGAACCACUUGUUACUAAACUCCCUCACACUGAUGGGCUAGUGUGCCUUGACAAGGCUGCAGUGAUCACUGACCCAGCUGAGUUAGACAAUGAAGGUGUAGCAAGGAAUGGUUGGAAACUAUGUAGUGUGCAACAGGUCGAACACUUGAAGUGCAUUAUAAGAGUAAUACCUGUUUGGUUGGCAGGGAUCACUUGCUUUACUGUCAUGGACCAACAAGGCACUUUUGGAGUUCUUCAAGCAUUACAAAUGGAUAGACACAUCACACACAGCUUUGAGGUUCCACCAGGUUUAAUGGGUAUUGGUCCAAUGGUCACUCUAUCUUUAUGGAUAAUUAUCUAUGAGCGAGUAAUUAUUCCCUCUGCAAGCAAAUUGGCUAAGAAGGAAGUAAGGUUAUCUAUGCGUACAAGAAUGGUAAUUGGUAUUAUAAUGUCUAUACUUUGUAUGGUAGUUGCAGGGACUAUUGAACGGCAAAGACGCAAUAAGGCAUUAAAGGAUCAUUCUUAUGCUGCAUCCAUGUCCUUCGCAUGGCUCGUGCCGCAGUUCAUGUUAUCGGGCUUAACUGAAGCUUUCAUGGCUAUUGCAAUCAUGGAAUUCUUAACUAUGCAAUUGCCUCAGAGUAUGAGAACCAUUGCAGGUUCUAUUUUCUUCCUGAGUUUGGCUUUUGCAAGCUAUAUAAGUACUUUUGUUGUCAACACCAUUUCUUAUUUAACUAAGAGGAAUGGAGGGGAAGCUUGGCUAGGUGGUCAUGAUCUCAACAUCAACAGGCUUGAUUACUAUUAUUAUAUCAUUGCACUGCUUGGGAUACUAAACUUAAUCUAUUUCUUUGUUUUUGCUGGUCAUCGUGUGCCUUGUGGUAAUCCAGCCUAA